AAAAAAAAAGUCUUUUCUUUUCCAACGCCCCCUCGCAGCCCCACCCACGCAGCGUGCUCCUCUUCUGCCCGACUCCCUCAGGAUAUUUUUAGCGCUUGGUGAUGUGCCCUGUCAAAUCACGUAACGGAAACAAACAUCAGAGAGAGAGAGAGAGGGAAGGAGAGGACCGAGCUGCUGAGGAGAGGCGGUUGAACUGAGAUCUGCAGAGAAAAGAAGGCAGAGGAAGCCCGAUGAGAUGAGAUUUGAGAUUCAUUUGGUGUGCUUCUGGUUGCUGUUGGUUACCGGAUCGCCGCAGACUGGAGGUGAGAGCCAUGCUUUGCCUACUUCCUUUACCUCAACCCCAUUUCCUGCUCCUGCUGAGACCCCCGUGAACGAGUUUCCGCGGCAGACACAAUACCCUGCAGGCAGGAAUGAAACUUCAGGUGAUCUCCCAGCCUCUGCCGCCACCGCCGCCCCGACGGAAAGCACAGUCCGAUCAGAGACAUCAGCAGAUGCAGGACACCCGCACGUCUCAAGUUCCACUAAAGCCACAUCUCAGUUCACAAAUGCGCCCACUGUCACAACUCCAUCUCUCUCAGCCGCCGCAGACGGCCUUUCAUCGGCACCGACCGCUGCGAGCUCCACCCCUCAGCAGGCCACCUCCCGUAGGUACUCCCCGACCGGCGAGGCCCACUCCACCUUUUCAUCUGGAGCCACGACCCCCGCCUCUACCGCACACACACCAGCUCCUGCUUGGGUCCCUGUGGGGCCCACACACCGGGAGUUUCCGUCGGAGCUGAACAUCGGCGAUGACGACUCGAAGGGGUCCCGCCGCCACUCCAGCUCUCCUCUGGACCCCCUGCUGGCCGGUCUGCUGGCAGUGUUCAUCGUUACCACAGCUGUGGUCUUCACUGUCCUCUUCGUCAAGUUCCGCCAGCGGGUGAACCACCCUGAGUUCCACCGGCUGCAGGACCUUCCCAUGGACGAUUUGAUGGAGGACACGCCCCUCUCACCGUACGCCCACUGACGGAUUCUCCUCUCGACUCCGUCACUCGCGCCAUGGAGAGAACAUGUGUUGAAAAAGAAGCAGCUUUUUGGAUACGUGGAGAAGCAUACGUCUUCAAGAUUAGUCCAAAUUACUGACUUCUCUGUUUAAGACUCGCUGUUGAAACGAUUAUUUAGUUAUUUUGUCGUUGUUUGAAUCAUCAAAGGUUGUAGAGUCACCUAAUCUUUCUUCCACAUUCCUGUCUAAGUCCUGGAGACUUUUCACUCUCACACAAAAAGUGCAAAUUCAAGGCACUUUUGCACAAAUAGCAGCACUUUCAACGUGACAUGUAUUACACUGCCCUCUAGUGGACAUAUGAGAUAACGUAGGUCGAAAAAUCUAUCCUGGACAAAUAAAAAACCUCAGGUGAUUGUCAGUCUGAAUGAGGAUUUGGGGUUCGGACUGAGAAACAUCACUGGAGAUGAUUUAGGUGACCAAAUAUGAGUGAAGUGCACUUUUAAUCCAAACUGCUGCCUUAAAGCUGCGUGAGGUAAUACAGAAAGUUCACACGUAAAUUAUAUUUUUACUCUACAGUAUUUGAAAAACCAGAUGCACCAGUAACAUUUUUUUUUUAACCAAGAAAAACCUUUCAGUGGUUGAAAUCAGGAAUACGUGGCGGUGUUUGGUAAACGUUGUUGUGAAACUUCUCAGUAUCGUUUCAUCUUGGAAUAAGAAUCCCGAAGUUGGUGAUUGUUCCUUAAAUUGAAUGUUAAAUGUGCCAACGCACAUUACUUCCCAACCUGGGUAGUAAAAGUGCUACAAUGAACACACAUAAGAAGUUCAAGUGAAACUGAAGGCUGUUGUGUGUGUCUGAGCGCCGGGUGUCUUGCAAAAGCAUUCCUAGCCGUUGAGCUUUUCUCACGUUUCGUCGUGCUGCAACCACAAACGUCAGCAUAUUUCAAUGGGCUGUUAUAUCAAAGAGAAACACAGAUUAGUGCAGAAUAGAAAAAAAAAUUAAGUAAAGAAAGUCCAAUCCAGUUGCCUCCAGUCAACUCAUGAGUAAUGUAUUAUCAAACAAUAUCUAAAGCUUUGGAAAUCUCACAAAAUAUUGUUCGAUAGUUCAUCUGAAAAUUAAAAUAGCAGAAGCAGUCAGUGUUGCAACAAAUCCAAAGAGGCCUCUGACUGAAGACUGUUGGUAUAUGACCAACAGCUCAAGUUCCAGGUGGUAGGGACAAUUUCCAUAAUAACAUGCUGGAUGACAUCAUUAGUUGUUUUUAGCACUGCUAAUGCUAAUCUGCCUCAUUUGCUUUUGCCUCUCUUUAAAUCUUUUGAAAUUUGCUGGUCAGAUGCUGUUUAAGUAAGAUUGCACCCCUUGUUUUACGAACAACUUCCAUCUCUAUGCAAGUAAAGCAGGUAUAGAAUCCAAGACUGGUAGCCUGAAGUAGGACGCGAUAUUAAAAUAUUUUUGCGAUGGUAGUUAAUAUUGCGACAUCAGUUGCGAUAUAUCUCUUCUCCUCCUAAUCUGUGCUUCAUGCGCUACAUGAUCUUUAGCAUUUUUGACAAUGUCUGGCUAAAUAUUGCAUUUUUAUCAUUAGGAUUAAAACAAAAAAAACUUUUAAAACGUGUCAGGCAACAAUUAUUGCAUGCCAAACCAUCUUUUGCGACAUGAAUACUGCGCACACUAUGAUAUUUUUGCGAUAUGUUGUGCAUCCCUAGCUCGAAGUGCAGGAAAAGGCAAUCCUGCAAAAUAUCGACCUAUGUAGGCUGAAUAAAGGCACGCCACACCUUUCAGAUUUUUAUCUCGCUUGUAGUUGCAAGCUGACAGAAUGUGGAGAAAGUUCAAGGGCUUUGAAUUGUGCAAGAUUCUCCGCUCUACCAGAGUUUUGCUUUAUUCUCUCUAAGGAUUUUACGUGUUUAAAAUGUAAUAAUUUAAAUGACAUGAAAGAUCACUUGUUUAGUAAUAAAAAAAUAAAAAAAACAUAAAACCAA